UAUCUUGACUAAUUCUACCUGCCUUGUAAUAUAAAACCCCAUUUAGAUUCUUCACAUUUCAUCAACUUGUUUAAGCUUCUCUUCAUUCCUUUUUAAGCAUCUGCUGCUUGAAUAUCAGAAUAUUUAAAAUUUCCCACUUUUUUACAAGAAUUUGUAGCUCAUUUUUGCAACAUCACCAGCAAUAACAUGAAGAAGGUUGUGAUGAAAAUUGAAUUGCAUGAUGAGAAAGUGAAGCAAAAAGCCAUGAAAAUUGUUUCCGGCCUAAAUGGGGUGGAAUCAAUUGCAAUGGAUAUGAAAGAAAAGAAACUAACUGUGAUCGGAGAUAUAGAUCCGAUAAAAAUAGUGGCUAAGCUGAGGAAGAUCUGUCACACUGAGAUAUUGACAGUUGGACCUGCCAAAGAACCGGAAAAGAAAAAAGAAGAGCCAAAGAAAGAUGAGGGUAAAAAAGAAGAGCCAAAGAAAGAUGAGGGUAAAAAAGAAGAGGCAAAGAAAGAUGAUGGUAAAAAGAAAGAAGAAGCUGUGAAAGCUGCUGUAGUGGCAUACCCUGGUUUUCAACAGAGCUAUUACGUUCCACAGCAAAUGUAUCCAGGCUAUUAUCAGCAGCAAAAUGCUUAUAGUUAUCAGCAGCAGUCUUCAGUGCCAUCACACUAUUAUCAUAAUCUCGCGAGUGUGGAAGAAGAUCCUAAUUCCUGUGUUAUUUGUUAAUUCAUUUUGAUUAAACCUAACCAAACCAAACGUAUCAGUAUAUCUUAGUUUGAGUAGUGUCCAAACGUAUCAGUAUAUUCCGCUUAGAAAGGCCUGAGGAGGGUAAAAUGUAGGCAGACCAUGCCCAUGUUCUGAAAGAGCAGGGAGGCUCGUCUUGAUUGUUUCAUAUUAAUCGAAUUUAUUCAUUUUUGUGAUGAAAUAAAAGUUCAGAAGCUGAGAUUAGUGUAA